AUCUGGGAUGUCCUCAGCAGCCAGACAGCCGUUGACUUCCUCCGCAAGGAGCUUGGUGAUCGCAGCAGCUGGGCACCACGACUGGCAUCGGGGCAACUUCGGUUGUCGGAGCUCCUGUGCCGCCUGCUGGACCGCUGCUUGUCGCCGGACUUGCGACUGACGGAUGGCCUUGGUGGUGACAACAUGACUGCAGUUUUGGUCCUGUUCCUUCCGAUGCUGGUGACGGCACAAUCCGCUUUGGCAGGAUGCACACGAGCAGUACGAGCCGUUGGACCACCCAGAUUGAUGCCUGCAAAGCUUGCCCAAAUUGCUGCAUAA